AUGCUUUUUUAGAGUUGACAUGUCUCUAAAGAUAAAUGUGAAAAUCACUGUAAUUAUUGUCCACCAGCAGGGGGAGCUCAUCACCAGUACUACUGCGUGGAGGCUGGCAUGUGGUAAUUUUUUUCCUGUGUGUGUAUGACUUAUUCAGAGGAAGAACAGUACACUCUCACGUAUGGCGUCUACCAUUACGGAUUGCAGGAAUGACUUUUAGGAUGUUUUUAUAUGAAUACGGUGGAUUGGAUGUUGGCCUGGGAAGGCAUUCCCCUGAAGGUCUUCUUCAUGUGUCAGCUGGAAGUACCCUGACUGCUGUGAGGGGAAUUUAAUGAGAUUAUGUCGAAGAAGAACAUCUUCCUCGUGAGCAAGAAGAAGAGCCACAGCCCCACCACAUUAAAGAGGAAGAAGCUUUACCACAUUCCCAUCACAUUAAAGAGGAAGACAAAAUGCCACACACCCAUAGUGUUAAACUGUCCCUUCACAUUAAAGGUCAAGCGGCGGACCCACUGAUCUUACACAGCAAAAAUGAAGAAGAGAACCCACUGACCCCUCACUUUAAGGAGCAAGAGAACCCGCUGACCCCUCACAUUAAAGAGGAAAAGGAGGACCCACUGAACCCCUACUUUAAAGAGGAAGAGGAGGACCAAGAGCCGCUGCACAUUAAAGAGGAAGAGGAGGAACACGGCAUCAGUCAGCCUAAAUGGUUGGAGGAGUUCCCAGUGACUGGUGUCCCUGUGAAGAGUGAAGAUGAUGAGGUCAAAGGUGAAAGUGAGGAGAAGAGAGAGGCGGAGCCUCCAAGCAGCAGCUCAACACAACACAUGACAACAGAAGCUGAUGGAGACCACUGUGGAGGAUCACAAGCAGACAAGCUUUUAGCUCCACUAUCAGAUAGUGAGGACACAACGUCACACUCUCCUGACACUGAUGAUGAAGACUCUAAAGAUGAUAAGACAUGUCACACUGACAACACUCACUUGAAAUGUUCUCACUGUGACAAAACAUUUAAAUACCAUAGUCAUCUGAAAGUACACAUGAGAACACACACCGGAGAAAAACCUUUUAUCUGUUCACUCUGUGGUAAAGGUUUUGUAGAAAGUCACAAUUUGAAAGUACACAUGAGAAGACACACUGGUGAAAAACCUUUUUCUUGUUUAAUCUGUGGUAAAGGUUUUGCACAAAGUUCAUGUUUGGUAAAACACAGAAGAAGACACGCUGGAGAAAAAACUUUUAUCUGUUCAAUCUGUGGUAAAGGUUUUGUUCUAAGUAACAAUUUGAAAGUGCACAUGAGAAUUCAUACCGAAGAAAAAAGUUUUAUCUGUUCAAUAUGUGGUAAAGGUUUUGUAGAAAGUCGCUAUUUGAAAGUACACAUGAGAACACACACUGGUGAAAAACCUUUUUUUUGUUCAAUCUGUGGCUUAUCUUUUACAAGGAAGGAACAUUUGGAAGUGCACAUGAGAACACACACUGGUGAAAAACCUUUUUCCUGUUCAACUUGUGGUAAAGGUUUUACACAAAGUCGUUGUUUGAAAAGACACAAGAGAACGCACACUGGGGAAAAAUCACAUUCCUGUUCAAUCUGCAACAAAAGCUUUUGUGACCGAUCAAACCUUGUAGCACACAUGAGAACACACCCAGGAGAGAAAGUGUUGAGUUGCAGUGUGUGUGGUGAAAGAUUCUCUUAUAAGUACCAGUGUAAGAAACACAAGUGUGCUGGUGAGAACAGCAGCAGCAAAUGAAACUGCAGGAUUUGAAAUAACUGGCAAGACUUUAAUUUUGACUUUCUAACAACAUCAGCACAUAUAACAUGUGUGACAUUGUUGUUUGUAUAACAAUCUUUUUAAUAUGCUUCUACAUUUAUAGUUUAUAUAUUUUAUGAUAGUGUUUUUUUCAGUCAAGUACAUGCAUUAAUAUGCAACAUUGUGUACUUUUAUUAAAAAUUGAACAAAACAAUAUGACUGAAAAGGAGAGACUAAACAGUACAAGACAUAUUUUACAUAAAAUAAACAUUUUAUGUGUAUAUAUAUUUAUCAUACAAUUUUAGACUUAUUCAUAAUAGUGUUUUUUUUUUUAUAGGUGUUUGAAAUAUUGAAGUAUUACAUAUUUGUAUUUGUAAUUGUUAAUGAUCCCCUAGAUUAGCACCUUUAUAUGAUAUACAUAUGUACUGGUUCACAUCUGAAACACUUCAGGAAGCAUAUUAUUAUUUACUUUAUACAUCAUUUGAACAAUUGUCUUUUAUGCAAUUUUAAAAUGUGUGAUUUUAUGAAUCAUUUGUUGGGUCUCUAUAAUCCAUUUUAUUAAUGCUCUUUAUUACUCUAUUUUGUAAUAUGAUGAUUGUGUUGUGAUUGUUUUAUAUGUAUGUCCCAGACCUUUAUGCAAUAUAAAAGUGAGAGAAAAUGGCUGAAUUGUUUAUGGAAGGAUGGUUUUGUUUUUACAAACUUACAUUUGUGGAUAAAACAAAAAAAUCCAUUAUUGUGUUUUAAACAUUUUGUACGUUUUUUUCUUUUUUUAACAUCCCCAAAACAUUAUCAAUUUUGGUGUCAGGCAAAAGCCAAUAUUGUACA